AUGCACACUACGGAUAGUGUAGGUCUACUUCCUCAUAGUACACCAAAUAGACAGUCGUUUCAAAUGCCUGUUCGUUCACCAUCGAUGUAUGACACUCUGUUGGGACAUGGUGUUCCCAACAUUCAUACAAUCUCCAGCACAGACAUGUCUGGUCGUGUGCUGCCAUCGACACCUCCAAUCAUACCAAUAAUCAACAUCAGUAGUAGUGAGAGUAACAACAAUAGUAUCAACCUCAAAGAUGCCGUCGACAACAACAUCACAAACAAACAAGACACAUUGGCCAAUGUCGAUGGAAAGGGUGAUGCAAUCAUUACAACUGACGUUGGAUUGAGUGAUAGUGGCAACAACAAGGAUGGUCUCGAGAGGGUACCACUCAAUCAAACAACAACGAAUGACAACAACAAUGACAAUGACAAUGACAACAAAGUGAAUGUCAACGAGACCAAACCAUCAAUUGACAACGAUGUCAACAACAAUGCACAAUCAGCUGAUCCAUCACCGGCUGUGUCACAACCAAACAACAACACAAACAACAACACAGACACCGACAACAACACCAACACCUCUACAACAGCACCUACAUCAGCCCCAACUACCAGCCCUCAACUCAAUGACGAUACGACCGACGACAAGAUAUACUGGAUCGACAUGGAGGGUCUGGACAAUCAGGAGAUCUCACAGAUAUGCGACAUCUUCUCGAUACAUCAUCUGACGUACGAGGACAUCACCACGCAGGACAGCAGCGAGAAGAGUGAGGAGUACUCGCACUACCUGUUUGUGUCCACCAGCGAGGUGAUGUACCAGCAGUCGGUGAUGGUCACGUCCAACAUCUACCUGGUCAUCUUCAACUCGUUUGUGCUGGUCUUCCACACGCACCCCAUUGACUGUUUCGACCUCGUGCUUCGCUCCUUCCGCUACCUCGAGCAAACACAACUUCAGUCAUCAUACUGGCUACUGUGUAGCUUCCUCGAUUCCAUCCACGAGAUCUACUCUGACUUUGCCGACACUCUCAUGGUCGAAGUCAACUUCCUCGACGAGUUCACUCUACGUGAUGAAGUUGCCAAGUCUGAGCUUUACAUUCGACUUGGUCGAGCAGUCAGGAGGGCCACCAACCUGUUGUCCUCAUUGUUUAUCAAGAAUGAUGUACUUGGAUCAUUGUUACGUAACAAUAUCAAUGACCAGGAGGCAAAGAGACAUUUGGGCAACAUCAAGGAUAGAUUGCAGAGAUUGCAACAAAAGAUUAAGUUGGCCGAGGAGUUGUUGGAGAACGUUGGAACUGUGUACAUCUCAAAGGUGUCGUUGGUGACGGAUGAGGAGUCACAUACACUCAAUCAGAGUAUGUCUAGAAUCGUGGCAAUGACAACGAUCUUCAUGCCACUGACAUUGGUGGCCGGUAUCUUUGGCAUGAACAUCCGACUACCUGGUAUGGCACAGUUCUAUGACACUCCAUCACUCGGCUGGUUCUAUGGUAUCAUCUUUUCAAUGGUUGGUUUCGUCAUAAUAAUGACAAUCUAUGCAAGAAAGAGAGGAUUCCUU